AUGUCUAAUUCAAAGAAACGGGCCGCUGAAGAGGCGGCUCCGGCCAAAAAGGCCAAAAAGAGAAAGUCCAAACACGCCGUCGACGAUGAGAGCCUCGACACCGAGCUUGGCCUCAAUACGCUCUUCUCCAAGAUGGACGGCCAGCUUCUAGCAGACUACCAUGCACAGAAGCUAGCGAGAUUCGGUACCGAUCUGAGUCCCGUCGAGCUGUCAGAUCUGGCCAUAUCAGCAUCUUCAAUCACAGACACCACCUCGUGGCAGGAAAACAGGUCGCUGGAAAAGCUGCCAGAGUUUCUCGAGAAAUUCUCAGAACAUCCGGAGAGCCUGGCGAGGGCGCAAAAGAAGAAUGGCAUGCCCCAUACCAUUAUUGUUGCUGGUGCAGGCUUGAGAGCUGCAGAUCUUACCAGAGCUCUAAGGAAAUUCUCGGGCAAGGAUAGUCUAGUUGCAAAGCUGUUUGCAAAACACAUGAAGGUCGAAGAGCAAGUUGCCCUGCUGCAGAACAAGAAGAUUGGCAUUGGUGUUGGCACGCCAGCACGUUUGAUGGAGCUCAUCGACAAUGGUUCAUUAUCGUUGGACAAGCUGCAGCGCCUGGUCGUUGAUGCCUCGCAUAUUGACCUGAAGAAGAGGGGCGUCAUGGACAUGAAGGACACCAUGAUGCCGCUUGCACGAUUUCUGGCGAGGAAGGAGUUCAAGGAUCGCUACGGCGAUGAGAAGAAGCCGUUGGCCUUGCUGUUCUAUUAG